GUUUCUCCAAUUUGUGGAAAUAAAUAAUUAGCUUCUCUCUUUUAUGGUCUCAUUGACUUUUCUGUUUUGAGAUCUUCAUCCAGCUUUUGUUAAAACUCCUGGAACUACUAUUUAGCACUUUAAGUGUGCUAAUCGCUAAUUACUUUCUAUGAAUGGCUAUUAGCAUGUUUCUAAAUAGUUUCAGGAUUAAAUGAGACUCUUGGCUUCAGGCCAGAUUUUUCAAAAGUGCUUUUCUGAAAAAUCUGGCCACUUUAUUAAGGUGCCAAAAUGGGAGUUAGGCUUUUAAGUUUUGUUGGUUUUUCCAUGACAGGCAAUUAACAUGUGAUGUUGUUAACAGCUGUUUGCAGAAAGAAGAAAGAUGGAAAGUAAUGCAGUUUUGCUAGAGUCAAAGUCCUCGCCAAUAAACCUUCUGAACGAAAUGCACCAGCUGCGUCUUCUGGGCCAUUUUUGUGAUGUAACGGUUAGUGUGGAAUAUCAAGGAGUCAGGGGAGAGUUUGUUGCUCACAAAGCUGUAUUGGCAGCAACAAGCAAGUUUUUCAAGGAUGUGUUUCUUAAUGAAAAGAGCAUGGAUGGCCUAAGGACAAAUGUGUUCUUGAAUGAGGUCCAGGUAGCUGAUUUUGCUUCAUUUCUGGAGUUUGUCUACACUGCCAAGGUAGAAGUGGAGGAAGACCGAGUGCAACGUAUGCUGGACAUAGCUGAAAAGCUUAAGUGCUUGGACCUGUCUGAAACCUGUUUUCAGCUGAAGAAGCAGAUGCUUGAAUCAGUGUUGUUGGAGCUGCAAAAUUUCUCUGAAGCACAAGAUGCUGAAGAGGACAGUGGGACCCAAUCAGAUGCUUUACUUGAGUUGAAAACAACUGUUGUGGCAGAAGGUGACUGUGUAGACUAUCCCCCUGAUUCUCCCAGUUCCCCCAUGGGAAGACCCAGCUAUGGCAUGUCUCCUGAGAGGCCAGCUUCCAAAUCAAAGGAGAAGGUCGACAAGAAAAAAGAAACCAUGAAGCCUCCCUAUGCCAAAAUCAGAAGAGCCAGUGGGAGGCUGGCUGGGAGGAAAGUAUUUGUAGAAAUCCCCAAGAAGAAGUACACAAGGCGGUUGAGAGAGCAACAGAAGGAUGCAGAGGAAGCUACUGAAGAGAACAAGUUCCUGAUAGACCAAAGCAUGCUUACUGUGGAGAAAGAAGAGGGCCAAGAAGAGAACAGCGUGAAGCCUGAGAAUGAAGAGUGGAAUGGCAUCUUUGAAUCAGAAGAAAGCUUUAAAAAACUGGAGGAGGAGAAGAAGAAACGAGGUGGCAACUUCAAAUGCAGCACCUGCAAGAAGGAAUUUCUGUAUGAGAAGAGCUUCCUCAAGCACAUAAAGCACAGUCACGGCAUCGCAGCUGAAAUCAUUUACCGGUGUGAAACAUGCAGUCAGACCUUUGCCAACCGGUGCAAUUUAAAAAGCCACCAACGCCACGUCCACACCAGUGAGCGCCACUUCCCUUGUGAACUCUGUGGUAAGAAGUUCAAGAGGAAGAAGGACGUCAAGAGGCACAUUCUCCAGGUUCAUGAGGGUGGUGGGGAGCGUCAUCAGUGCCAACAGUGUGGAAAGGGUUUGAGCUCCAAAACUGCCUUGAGGCUUCAUGAAAGGACGCAUACAGGCGACAAGCCUUAUGGGUGCACAGAGUGUGAGGCUAAAUUUUCUCAGCCUUCUGCACUUAAAACACACAUGAGAAUCCACACUGGUGAAAAACCGUUUGUCUGUGAUGAAUGUGGUGCAAGAUUUACACAAAAUCACAUGCUUAUAUAUCAUAAAAGAUGUCACACAGGAGAAAGGCCUUUUAUGUGUGAAACCUGUGGGAAGAGCUUUGCCUCUAAGGAGUACUUGAAGCACCAUAAUAGAAUACAUACUGGAUCCAAGCCGUUUAAAUGUGAAGUUUGCUUCAGAACAUUUGCACAGAGGAAUUCGCUUUACCAGCAUAUUAAAGUUCACACGGGCGAACGGCCCUAUUGUUGUGAUCAGUGUGGCAAGCAGUUCACACAGCUCAAUGCCUUGCAGCGCCACCAUCGAAUACACACCGGGGAGAAGCCAUUCAUGUGCAAUGCGUGCGGGAGAACGUUCACGGAUAAAUCUACCCUGCGGCGGCACACUUCAAUACAUGAUAAGAAUACACCCUGGAAGUCUUUCCUGGUUAUUGUUGAAGGCGUUUCUAAGAACGAUGAAGGUCACAAGACAGAGCUUCCCGAUGAAGAGUAUCACGUGUCACCAAAAAUCUCAGAGAAGUUGCUGUCUUUUUCUGAAAACGGCCACUAUCAAACCUUGACUGCUGUCCCGGGGGGUGUGACUGCACUGCAUGACGGCAGCUCGACCACCGUGACAGACUGCAAAUCAGAUGGGACGGUGGGAACCCAGGAAGCCCUCAUAGCUACCACCUUAAGUGAGCUUACAGUACUCCACACACAGACAGAUGCUAUUCAGCCGCAGCUUCAUGCUCUGGUGAAUAUGGAAUGAUUUGGUAUUGUUCUCCAAGACUGUACCUCUAAUAACUUCGGAUUUGGCUAGUAACCUAGUGAUGUAAUUAGGAGACAGCAUAGACCCAAAAGGAAGAGGGGCAAGUUGUGGACAACCUCUACGACAUUUAUCUCCCCCCAUAAAACAUCACAAAUCGGUGAUCUUCAGUUUGCAUAGUCUAGCUGUAGCUCCUUUUCCAGCUGAUAGUUAUUAUUCUACUUUAUUAGUUUGAUUUUUCUGUACCCUUUGUUAUGAAAGUGUGAAAUAAUACAAUCAUUUCAGAGAGCAGUUAUCCUCAAGCAGAGCAUAUGAAGAUCUGCCAUUGUUUUAAUCUCUGGAAAUCUGUCCAGGCAGUCUCCUCUUCGCUACCCUCCUACAAAGGUGUAUGGUAAGCCUUUCUUCCUUUGGUUUGGAUGGCAUAAGUGCAGUUCCUUUAGAAAGGAGGGUGUGUGGGUUUUUUUGUUUUGUUUCAUUUCCAAUUUGAUUCCACAACACGUGAACACAAAUAUUGUGGUGUUUCCGGGCCUAACAGUUAAAUGGUUACAUUUUCCUAGUAAAAGGCCAUAUGUAAAAAACCCAAACUUUUUAAAUUUCAUUUCAGGAAGUGUUUUAAAUGUGGCUUUGCCAAAAAUUCAAAUAGAAUGAUUUUAGCUUUUGGAAAAACUAAUGAGAGCAAGGUUUGGACAUUCCGAUAGUUCUUAUUUUUCCAUAUAAAAAAUGUGGAAAUUGUAGGCUGUGGGUUUGGGUGUUGGAAGCAGACUGUGCUCUUCUAAAAUAGCUCAGGUACUGUUAACUCAUUCCAGUGAGUGUCAGUUGUGAAUUAGCAGGAUAACUACUCUAGUGAUUAACAUAACUCACUAAAAAGUAAAGGUGUAAAUUACUGCUUCAUUAUCACCAACUUUUGCACUAGCUUUGCACUCAAUCUCUGAUCUUGCAACUGGCUCUACUGGUCCCUAUUAAUUAAUGUGGUUCUUGAUGGAUUCAUUUGUGGGAUUAGGGGUCUUGGUGUGCAGGAGGUCAGUGGAAUCCAUUAAGACAAUUCUGGUAAUUUCAGGCUCCGAAUUUUACUUUGACAUUUUUUUUACAAAACUUGUGAAGGAAGAACAUUGUUGCUGUUAUUUCAAUAAGCCUUUUCUAAGAGUCAGUGUUGGAAAUGCAACCACUGCAGCUUUGGGCUAGUGCUUGAAGGUGCUCAAACUGAGGCAAAUGCCAAAAAUAAAUGACAUCUGUGCUGAAGUUUAUAUUUUAAAAACAUUUGUUUUCCUAUUACAAUGGUAUUUAAAGUGAAAAAAUUAAUAGGAAGAUACUGACAAUGUGCCUUUUAAAGGGCCAGGAAGGUUGUGCUUGCUCCAAAAUCCAUUAAGGUGCAAUAGGAGAGUUCCCAUGGACUUCAGUGGACUUUUGGAGAGGCUUUUAUGGGUUGGAUGCUGCAAGCUAUGCUUCCAUGAAUAAUCUGAUUGGUCCUUCUUAUGGGUGUUGUGUUAAAAGAGAUUGCAGGAUCAGACCUUUCUUGGAAUCUCCUAUAGAAAUCUAGUCAAGGUGUCAAUUUUUGUCCUAAUCCUUUUUACAAUGAGACUAAGUUCCCUUUACUGCCUACAACAAAGUGGGAUGUCUCUGUACAACUAAUUUUUUUUCCAUUGCAAGGGCUCACUUUCUGCGUUAUUCUCAGUGAGGGAAAAUGUAGACCUUAACUUAUUUUGUGAGCACCUUCCAUGUGUGGAUGGAUUUAACUGAGCAGAGGCUUGUUGUCACAAUGGAAAAUGCCUGAACAGUGGAGCAGGAUUAGCCCCAUAGUUUAGUUAGAAGCAUUCGAAGAUGAUACUUUCAACAAUUAAAACAGCUUCAUCCCACUUGCCUUUUUUUAAAACUCAGAGGCAAAGCAGUUGCCUAGAAAAGGCACAACCCAUUUUAAAGAGCUUUUAUGAGCAUUGGUCAAGUAUCUUAUUACUAAUAGGGAGAUUAACUGUUCCAAAAUCUUAGCAGUCAAUUUACAGCUGCUGAGGCUCUGCCUUUCUGCUGAAGGCUUCGUAACUUGGUAUUUUCUUCACAACCAGUGUGAGACAAGCUUGCUGGA